AUGGCAUCCGUAAUGAUGGAUUAUGAGUUUAAAAUGAAAACACAAACUGAACGGUCUAAAGUUGAAGAUUUAUUCGAUUACGAAGGAUGUAAAGUUGGUCGGGGUACUUACGGUCAUGUUUACAAAGCUAGAAGAAAAGAUGGUUCUGAUACUAAGGAUUAUGCUUUAAAACAGAUAGAAGGAACAGGCUUAUCGAUGUCGGCUUGUAGAGAAAUCGCGUUGCUCCGUGAGUUGAAACACCCAAAUGUAAUUAAUCUGAUUAGGGUAUUUUUAUCCCACACUGAUCGUAAAGUUUGGUUAUUGUUUGACUAUGCAGAACAUGAUCUUUGGCACAUCAUUAAGUUUCAUAGGGCAGCUAAAGCCAAUAAGAAGUCGGUCAUGGUUCCGAAAGGCAUGGUGAAGAGUUUAUUAUAUCAGAUAUUAGAUGGAAUACAUUAUUUACAUUCAAAUUGGGUUUUACAUAGAGACUUGAAACCAGCUAAUAUUUUAGUAAUGGGUGAAGGUCCUGAAAGAGGUCGGGUAAAGAUAGCAGAUAUGGGAUUUGCAAGAUUGUUUAAUGCUCCCCUAAAACCAUUAGCUGACUUAGACCCUGUUGUUGUUACAUUCUGGUAUAGAGCACCUGAGUUGUUAUUGGGUGCUAGGCAUUAUACUAAAGCAAUUGAUAUUUGGGCAAUAGGCUGUAUAUUUGCGGAGUUGUUAACUUCAGAACCUAUAUUUCACUGUCGUCAAGAAGAUAUAAAAACUAGUAAUCCAUAUCAUCAUGAUCAAUUGGACAGGAUAUUCAAUGUUAUGGGUUUCCCUCAAGAAAAAGACUGGGAAGAUAUAAGGAAAAUGCCUGAACAUGCCACUUUAGUUAAGGACUUUAAGAGAUCUAACUAUCAAAACUGUUCUCUUAGUAAAUAUAUGGACAGGCAUAAAAUAAAACCAGACAGCAAAGCAUUUAGUCUCCUACAAAGGUUAUUAUUAAUGGAUCCAAAUAGAAGAAUAACAUCUGAACAAGCAAUGCAAGAUCCAUAUUUUUCAGAAGACCCUUUACCAACACAGGAUGUAUUUGCGGGAUGUCCAAUACCUUAUCCAAAGAGAGAAUUUCUGACUGACGAUGAUCAAGAGGAUAAAAGUGAAUCGAAAGCUCGACAAAAUCAACAACAACAACAACAGACUAAUACUCAGCAAAACCAGGUACAAGCUAACAGCCACGACCACGCCGCCAACAACGCUAAGAGAAUGAGGAUGUCAGGCCCGAACCAAGGCAACAACACAGGCGGUGGCGGUCAGCAAGAGUUCCAUCAACAACAGCAGAUGAUGUUCAGCAGUCAACAGCAAAACGCCGCCUCGCAACAACAGGGCAACUUCCAACAACGGUUU